AUGGAUGAUCCGUGCUCCUUUGGUCGACCUCCCAUUAGCCAUACUGGCUCAGACAACAUGCACGAUACUGGCUUUGAUCAACAAGGCCCCUACGGAGGAGACGUGGAUAAUCAGACUCUCUACCAGUCUGGCAUCGGUCAGCCACCCUACUUGCUCGGUGACCCACAUGAUGGUGAAGAGAAGUAUGAAGGUCAAUACCACAGUAAUGACAAUAAGGAUGAUCAAGAGGAUGAGGAUGAUCAUGACGACCAAAGUUAUGAGCCCUAUGAAUCUGAACAGCAUUAUGAGGAAAGAGACUCCGACCAUGAUUCAGAUUCCGAAAACCGCGUUGCAAAGAAACCCCUUCAGCCAUACCAAGGGCUUAUCCGUAACGAGGCUCAUUAUGAGAGAAUGAGGAACCAGCGACUGGAAACCGAACUCGACAAGGCUAUCCGUAAGGGUCAAGACUCUGACUUCCCCGAGACUGAAGAGGGGCAACGCGAGUUGGUUGAACAACUCUUCAACAGUAUCAAGGACAUUGAUGAAGUCCUAGACAAACCUGGGAAGAAUGGUAAACCAGCUCAGGCUGUCCGCAGAAUUCGUGAUGGCUUCUACCCUAACAAGCUUAUCGAGGUCAAGUGUUGGGAAAUCCUUCUUGGCUGUCGCGAUGCUGCUUUAGGUGUCAAGAUGGUGGAUGAUUCUUUCAAGAGCCGUCGAGAGAAACAUGAGAGUUUCCGAGCCCGGUUCCAGAAGAUUGUUGACGGCUGCAGAAUUAGCAAGGCCCUGUGCAAGCAGAUCAUGGAUCCGCCUUACAUUCAUCGCCUCAUUGACGCACCGAUAGCAGAGGUCCAGAUGAAACACAAUAACAAGAAGAUCAAUGCCGAGCGUGACAUUCAGAAUGAAAUUGGUCGUAACGCUGUUAAACGAGGCAUCAAGCUUGAUGAUCUCGACCUAAUUGUCAAGUCUGACGAAGUCGACCCUAACACAACUGCCCCAGCCAAGCCAACCGUAAGGAAGACAACAUCAACAAAGCCAAGCUCAAUGAAGGCAGCCCCAAAGAACACAACUCCAAAGAAGCCAGCUCGUCGUGCAUCCUCUACUACGCAACCUCCGAGCAUUAAACGGAAAUCACCCUCUUCUACAAGACGUGUCAAGGAUGAAUGGAAUGACGAUUACGACGGCAGCGACGAGGAUUACUGCUCUCCUGCAAAGCGGUCACGUCGUGUAGCUAAGGCCGAGCCCAUCACACCACGACGUCAAUACGAAAGAAAGGCUCGCCCUCGCAGAUAUGCUUUCCGUGGAGUUGAGUCUACAGGCAGCCCAAUAGCAAAAGCUCUUAGAAAAUCUAGUCAACGUGCUCUUGACCGAAUAAACUCCGGUGGGCUGGAUGAUACGACAUCGCUCCCUGUGGCCGAGCCUCAAGUCUCUAACGAACUUGCUAAGAUGUCGAUGCUAUCUCCUACCUCGUCUGGGCCUCCUGUCACACCUGGAUUAGUCAACACAUCUGAACCUCCAUCGGCGCCAGGAUCAUCUGUUGUUCGGGAUUUGUUGGAUCUUGAGAAUACUUACAAAGAUGCUCUUUGUGACCUCCUUCAUGUUGAUCGAAGUUGGAGCAAGCUCUACGAACUCUUCCAGCUUCGAGCCUACGCCAGAGCAUACAAUAACGAGUUUACCUUCGAAAACUGGUACUAUCCGACGGGCAUAGUUGGCAAUAGACUCAUAGUCUUUGAGGUUGGCUACCAUUGGGAGCAUUUGGCCCAGGCCAUACCAGUUUUCCCAGGCAUUGCUCAUGCAAGGGGCGAUCUUCUUCCCGAUGGUCGGCCAAACAAAAACGCUCCCUAUAUCGAUGGCUUUCCCCCACAAGAAGACCAUUUUAUGAGACAGGCCCUUGGUCUUCGUGCAAAUCCAUUCGGCUUAUAUGAAGACAUCCCAAGAUAA